UCCGUAUCUAACUAAAAACAUCCAAAAAUAUGUAACAUGCAAACCAAAGAAAUGUAUUUAAAAACCAUAAUAAUUUUCUUUUACCUUCAAUUAGUGAUUAUAAGUGCAAGCAAAGCUGAAAAUUUGGAUAACAUAAAGAAAAGUCUAGAACAACAUCAAAAAGAAUUGACUGUGGUUAAAAAUAAAACUAAAAUACAAGCAAAAGAGAUAACUAAUGUAGUGAAAGUUCCGUUAAAGUCGGCAGUGCCUGUGGACAAUGCGAGCAAGAAACCUAAAAUGAUAUCAGUGAAACAACUACAAGAAUGGGCGAAAGAGAUAUCAGAUAAACUAUUAGACCACGAGAGACAAAUAGUAAGAAGAGAUUUACUUUUAAAAGGGUUCACGAAUUUGAAGAGUGUACGUCGCAAUGGUACGGAGAUUGUAGAACAAGCUGCUAUUGCUUUAAGUGAUCUUUUAUCAAGAAGAGCCAAAGCCGCAGAAGCUAUAAUGAGGAAAGCAGAAGAAUUGUCCAAGAAGAAGAUUAGUACACCACCAAACUACACUUACAUGCAAAGUACGGAUCUGGAUCAAUACAAAAAAGAGGAUACAGAAUGGAAAGAAGAUCGCCGUAAUUUCACAUUUCCUUUAAACUGUAGGAACUUAAACAAAGUGAGCUUGUAUAAAAGCAAACAUUUUGAUGCUAACGUUUCUUUGGAGACAAGUAGCGUGCAUGUUGCUGUAGAAGUUUUUGAUUGCGAUCCUAAAAUACUUGAACAUCUACACUGGUCAGAAGGUCUUAUAUCCACUUUUAAAGAGAACUACGCCCGCGACGCUACUUUGGAUUUUCAAUACAUGUGCAACGCUAAAGGAUUUUUACGACAUUACCCAGCUGCAUUAUGGGACACGAUGUACAAACUGAAGUUAGACGUAGAAGACAUUUACGACUGUCGGCUGCGGCCCUGGUACGUCAGCGCGAGCGGCGCGCCCCGAGAUAUCCUCAUUUUACUAGAUGCGUCAGGCUCUAUGACUAACUCAUCCAAUCUGGCAAAUCACGUGAACUCCGCAGCUAUAAUGGCGGCGUUAGCUCACUUCAAGAUGUGGAACGAAACGUGGAUGGGAGAUGUUCUGGAAUAUUCUGUGCGACUUCUGCAGAAGCAACGCGGGACUUUGGACCGGCCGCCUUCUUGUCAGCAGGCUAUUGUGUUGCUCACCGAUAGUCUUUACGAUAAUUACACUCAGCUGCUAAACCAUCUUGAUCCUGAAGGUCGGAUAAGAUUGUUCGUGAUGUGGCUACACGAUCCGUACGGUUUACGUGAUGACACGAGGAGUUACGGGGAAACACUGAGCUGUGCCCGCGAUGGCUACUACGCGGAGUUGAUCACAGCUGCUGACGUCACGGAGCAGGUGAUGAGGAUCCUUCGUGUGUUGGAACGCCCUCUUGUGGGGCAGCGGGAACAACGCCUCACUGUAUACAGCGAUGUCUAUGCUAAUAUAGAGGACCCUAGACGAGGAGAAUAUUAUUGGAAACAGAAGGAAAAUGCAGAGCAAGUGUACAGAUACAAACAGCUGCGUAAAAACAAAGCGAAGCUACUCAACCAAUCCCAGUUAUACAAAGACUAUAGACGGCAGUUAAGUCUUGAUGAAUUCGGUUAUUAUUACGAAGGUGAAGAUUUGAAUUAUCGUCUUUUAAUCACAGUUUCCGUGCCCGUGUUCGAACACACUACAUUAGAAUUUGACGGUGAUAUAUUAAAACCAGGCUAUCGAACGGUGGAUUUCUUAGACUUGGAGCAGUCGGCAGCUGAUCAUCUGCCAAGAGAAUAUCCUAAAGAUUGGCUCGAGUUCCGUAACACACUUGUAAUCGAUCAACAUGCAGGCAACAAAACGAUGUACAGCAAAUAUAUUUACGAUGAAAGCAUGCGAGCGUUGUUGGAGACGCGACAAUACCAUUGGAAACGUAUUCUAGAACAUUAUACAGCUGUGGUAGUCCUACCUAAUAAAGAAGGUAGGCACGCGGUACCAAAUACCAAGCGUUUCACACAGCAACUCGCCAAGGAGGCGUAUAAAACGCUUUCUGACACGGAUUUCUGCACACAUCCCGAUUGGUUAUACUGCCAGCACGUGGAACCACAAUUCGAUUCGCAAAAGGAUGAGAUCUUGUACUUUUUGAAGCGUCGUAAAAAUGAUCCUAAUUUUCAAAUGCAGAAUCUCAAACACAGCUUCUCUCCAAUACCACCAACAUUACAAGAGAAACCUUACCAUUGUAAUGAGGAGCUAAUGGCGCGGAUAUCAGCAGAGGCGGUAGCAACAGCGCAGUGGUCAGAGAUAGACGAAGAUCAGGACUGCUCUACAUGCCAGCUCGGCUCUGUCAUCGCAUUCUUUGCCAGUGAGAGUGGUUUGACCCGCUGGCAGUACUACGAGGCGACAAGCCCGCACGCGGUGCCGCCGACUGGCGCGGCGUGGUCGCGCGGCGCCACCGAGCCCUGGUUCGCGAGAGCAGCUGCACAUGCACCCGCUCUCAUCAUACACGCACCUUUAGCGCCCAUACGCCGUCUCCGCAACACUGAUUUGCCACAACCACAAGUAAAUGAGCACCAGAUGUGGCUGACGGCGGCGCGUGUAAUCGACUACGGCAGCAAGGGCAUGCUCGGCGUCGCCGGAUUCCAUUUCUAUCCAAGACAUCUAGACGACCUGCUUAAAACUGUCACUAAUAUACAUUGUCCCGAAGAAGACGAAAGUAAAUGCGAGCCUCGUUGCGACAACAAAGAUUGGUCGUGUGUCCUCAUAGACGAGGAAGGUUGGAUAGUGUCUAAAGUUAAUGAGGAUUUAGACGACGAUAUAGAGACAGAACCGUUAAGGGAUCACCUCGCGAAUGUGCAUCCAGCAGCAAUGGCGGCGCUCCUCAACGCGAGCGUAUUCAAAUUGCACUGGAUACAUGAUUACCAGGGCGUCUGCUUCCCGCCGGAGAAUGAAAAAAUACGAGCCGCUGCACCUUCCCUACCUUCUGUGCUGCGAUCAUUGUGGGUAUCAAUCAAGGCAAUCUUCCACAUCAGUAGUGACCUAGCAACACUUCUCUUUUUACUUAGCACUGGUAAUAUAGUAACAGCAGAGACAGAAGCCGAGAAGAUGAAGCGACACAGACGCGUGCAGAAGGAUUUCGAGAGGGAGAAGUACGAGCGGUUGUAUGACCGGCGUGUGCUUGUUAACAGGACACGAUUCGCGGCCUGCGAUCGUUCUAGACCUGUCUAUCAAUUGCAGGCUUUUGCCCGCGUGGAAUUAAUAAAACGUAAGUAUCUACGCCUUUGUCUAAAUCCGUUCAUCGGUUUAGGCUACAAACUCUAA